CGUCAAAUGUUGUUAUGACGUAAACGUAAAACCACAUUCAUUCACUCAAUCACUCCUAAAGUUUUUCAGUUUUUUCAGCUUGUUUUCUGGAAAUCGAUCAAAAUGUACAACCACAAUGCCGUUUCGUAAAUUACUAUUGUUUCAUAAAACUUAGUUUAUAUCCAAUAUGGACAACAACAGCGACUACGACGAAAAUGAGAUUCCCAUUUGGCAGGAGCCAAGACGGGAACCUCUCGGCGCUCCCAAGGAAUCAUUGUGUGAGGAAAAUGUACAGGAAACCAGCAGUGGAGACAGGCUUCACGCCUUGGAAGAAGAGCAGGAGAUACUGUCUUCGUCUGUGUUCUCCUUGACGUCGCAUCUCGCUCAAGUAGAGUUUCGUCUGAGGCAAAUUUUAAAAGCUCCCUCUGAAGAGAAGGAUGCAAUGUUGAAAGAACUGGAAGAAUUCACAUCUCGUGGUGUGCCGGAUUCAAGAGCAGCGCCUCAGGGGAGCUCUGGAGAUACGACGUGCAGCGAGUGUGCGGAGUUAGAACGAAAAAUACGACGACAGCGAACGCGCCAGGGCCACUUCAUAGAACGACUGAAAUCGCAGCUGAAAGAACUCGAACGAUUCGCCGCUGACCCUAGUCUUAUAGGCGACAGUAAGCAUAGGGGCCUUAUUGAACAUUUGCGAUCUGAAAUUGACCAAAGCUUGGAAGAAGGAUGUCAACCGUUGAGUGCAGAUGAACUUAGACAUCAGAUCAACUGUGCUGUCAAACAGUAUGCGGACAGACAACUUUCUAAAGAUGAAAUAAUCAGUAAACUUCAAACCCACAUAGAUGACAUGCAGAAAUUCAUCAAGGUUAUGAAGAGCGAGGAACUUAAAAGCAAUGUCAAUUCUAAACCUGAUACAAAGAAAGUCAGAUCUGAAAAUUUUGAGAAGAACUUCAACAGGAAUAAAUCAAAUGAUGAUCUCCGAACUGAAACUAUCAACCUAAUGAGAAAAGCGUCUACUCUGAUACAAAUAUUCACAGUCUCUCAAUUUGGUUGCUCUCCAAACACAAAUAAGAGAUAUGAACGGAAGUCAUCAACUAUUGUAACUCAUUGGGGAAACUUACGAGCAAAACUGGAAAUGUCAAUUGAUGCAGUCCUUCAUUUAGUAUCAAGAGAUAGACCAUCACACACUAUGAUUGACAGUUAUGAUAGUGAAUCUGAAGAAGGGGGGGUGAUAAUUAAUGAUGCACCACUGACCACUGCUGUUCGGAGACAUUUGGCUGUGAAUUUACGUGACCUGUUACAACAUGGACUAGUUGGGCCUGAAUCUUCAUCAUUGGUUCCUCUCAUAGGCUGCUUCCCAGUCAGAAGAUCGUCAUCAUCACGCACCACCCACGUUUGGGAGCUUAUUUUGCGUUAUUAUGAACUAAACGAUGGCGACAGGUUCAAUUCAACACCAGCUAGAAAACUCAGUCAAAGUUUUAAUUUAGAUAUAGUUGGAGGAACAGCAAUAACUAACAAACAAGGUCUACUUAGUUCAAUAGGCAGUAUACUUGCAUCGCACAUGCCUUAUAAAAGAAGUUACGAUGCUCAUUUUAAGGCCUUUAUCUGUGCUGCAUUGAAUGCUCACAAACUUGUUGUCUGGUUGAAUAUUAUCUUGAAAAGUAGGUCUUUAAUUGACAAUUAUUACUCAUCAACAAGUUAUAUUGUGAACACGGGCUUUCAAGACGCCCUGCAAAGUCUUGACCGGUUGACCCCAUACAACUUCGACUUGCCAGUGGACCUCGCAGUAAAACAAUUCCAAAAUAUCAAAGAUGUAUUUAUGUAAAUAACUUUAAGAGUACACUUUUCUACAUAAUCAGAAUGUUUAUGAUGCCUUCCACAUUUUAUGCUAUGUGCAACUGUUAACCUAGCUUAAUUAUUAUUAUAGUUACUUAGGUAAAUAAGUUAUUAGUUUAAUCAAGAACUUUUUGUUGAAUACCUAGAAUUGCUAGUCUUAUGUUCUCUCUAUUAUUGUUAGUCAUUUAUUUUGUUAGUAUUAUUUGAAUUAUCUAGUCCAUUCCAAAGAAUUUCCAUAAUAUUUUAUGAAAAUGUGAUAUAACUGUAUCAAUUUUUGAUGCAUUAUAAAGCCCAAAGGAUUGUCAAGUAUGCUGCAUUUACUGUGUAAGAUGAAUAUC